AUAUAAAGUCCUAACCCACUCUGUACCUAGCGUUUUAGCAAACAAAGCAAUCGGAUCAAAUAGGAGAGAGGUCCUGGGUAUAUUUGACGAGACUUUAUUAGUUCAACAUGUUAUGAAUGGGAUAGGUCACGGAGAGAAUUUUGGGGUGUACGCCCAUGUCAACAACUGGGCUCAACCAACGCUCGUAUUAUACACAGUCACCGGUUCCCCGAUUUAGCGGUCUUGCUUUCAGUACACAUCGGGACGAGUUUUAAUAAAGCUGCUUUUUGACGCUUUGUGGGUAUCGAGACUGUUUGCGAACAUCAUACUGAUUUUUUUAUUUAAAGCGCAAAUAACGGUUUGUUUGUAAAGUAAAUAAACCGCUUAAAGACAUUAUGAAGGUACCAUUGUCAUUAACUGAAAAGAGAUAAAUUGGCUCUAUCUCGGUGUUUCGUCUAUAACAAUCGCACAUGGAAAUAACGAAGUGAUUUUCCUGCAAGUUUAUCAAUGUGAGGUUUUCCACUGUGUGGGCAUCCAUCUUUAACAUACAAACUCUGGUUUUGGACUAUUAUCAUGGGAAAACGUGGGGAAGAAAAACGAAAAUGCCACUGCUAGACACAAUAUAUCAUAAUGACUCUAAUUGGAAAGUGAGCUGGAGACUUCAGCGGAAAGUAUGAGAUCACAUUGACGAGGAAAUGUUGUCAAAAUAACGUAAAGCGAUCCCCAAGCGGAAGAGAUCUGAUCUGCGUAGGUUGCGAGAACGUUCUGGUCCCGCUGUGCCCAUCUCGACGUUAACCAACCCAAAUCUGAUUUAGCAAGCAAUAACAUGAGAGAAUGUCCGUCGAGCACGUUUGAUCGUGAACAAUUUUACGACGAAAAUCAGCAUCAACCUACCGACAUCGACAAGCGAUCACGGCUGUAGAACCGGUCAAUAAGAAGAUUAAACUACAGGGAAAAAGUGAAUAAAAUAUAUUAAAAAAACGUUAUCGUGACGGACUGAUUGUGUAAACAAUUGAUUUUGAUUACUCAGACAACAUUUCUCCGACAAUAUCACAUGCAGACAUGUUUGUAUAACAUUCGGGUUGAUCACUUUCGAUGGUACACAUUUUCUAACAUUUUUGUUCGCAAACCAGUCGUUAACUUCUUUGAUUUUUAAUCAUCAUUUAAGUGGUUUCGACUGAGUGAUAGCGGGAGUAAUCUGCUGGGGUUAAUAGACGUUGUAAUUCUUUCGAUUAGAACGGCUGACGACAACUUAAUUCGGAAUCGGCGUCUUGAGGUUUGGAGCCAUCGCCAAACAACUAUCCUUGGAUCAAAAACAGAUAUCAUUUCUUUGAUUGCUGACAAUAUGCUUUCUGCUUAGGAUACGGAUGACUGUAUUCUUCAAGGAAAAGCUGUCAUUGCAAUAACCUUUAACUGAAAGGAAUUUAUAAGUGAAAGGAACGUCAACAUCAGAAGGAUAGUAACAACAGACUUGUUCUCCGAGAGCUUCCGCGUGCUGGCUUCAUCAAUAUGGACACCAAGCUACGCACUCAAAUCGCUUUGUCAUGGAUUAUCACCUAUGUCAUUACGACGUCAUCAGUGCAAGGAACAUGCGUAGUCCCAUCCUAUGGGUUUCCAUUCAACACGACGUCGCCUAACUAUUGUCCAUCUGCGUCCGUUGUCGAAACUCUAACCGAAUGUACGUAUAUCUGCAGUCAGACGGGAUAUAGUUUGGAAGGUGCAGCAACGACGAUGUGUUUGGGUGACGGGACAUUCUCAUCGAAUCCACCGACAUGCCGAGAUAUCGAAAGCCCUACCGUCUCGUGUCAGGGCAACAUCACGACGUCGACCGACCCGGAGAUGAACUACGCCACCGUGAUCAUCGACGAUCCCGUAGUCGCUGAUAAUUCAGGCGACAUCAAGUUAAACCUACCAGACUCCUAUCGCGUCUACAUUGGCGUCUCCGCGGUCCGCUUUGAGGCGGUGGAUGAGGAGGGGAAUAGUGCUGCAUGCUCUGUGUUCGUAACUGUUGAAGACACGGAACCACCACGACUCACAUGUCCAGGAACAUUGAACGUGACCAACGAUCCAGGAAUGAACAACGCCGUCGUUACAUGGAAUGAUAUUGAGAUCGUGGAUAAUUCCGGACAGUACCUGAGUGACGGCCCCGCCUACCCGUCAGGGACCACGUUUCCCAUUGGGCAGUACACGAUAGAGGUCUCUGCCUCCGACUUGAGUUCUAACAUCGGGACCUGCUCCUUCGUCAUCGUCGUUCGUGACGUCGAACCUCCAACUCUAAUCUGCUCAGAAGACUUCACGACCACCACUGAUCCUGGUGUCUGGUAUGCCGAUGUCAUGAUCACCCCUCCCAUGGUCCAGGAUAACUCUAACCCUACAAUGAACCAGAAUGAGGCUUACCCGGCCAGGCUGGUGAUAGGUCCCUCUGCCAUCACCUUCAGCGCAAAGGAUGGCGCGGGAAACGCGGCGGAGUGUACAGUGAUCAUCACAGUUGUAGACGAGGAGCCCCCGAUGCUGCUAUGUCCGCAAGACAUCAUGGUCGACGCCCAACCCAACCAAGAUACGACGGCGGUUUCGUGGCCCCCACCGACCGUGACCGACAACUCUCAGAGUCCCGUCUCGACACCAAUCAGCGAUCCAACCUCCGGAUCGAUCUUUUGGGUGGGGACAUCAUCUGUUACAUUCACAGCGUCAGAUGUGUACGGGAAUGAAGGGAGCUGUACGCUGCAGGUGACGGUCCUAGAUUAUGACGAGUGCGAAGAAGGUGUUGACAACUGCGAUGAGAAUUCAGGGUGUUCCAACACUCCAGGGGGCUAUACGUGUCAGUGUGACAUAGGUUAUAGUGGAGACGGAUUCACAUGUGAAGAUAUCGAUGAAUGCACAGCGAAUGAUCAAGGCUGUGACAUCAAUGCCGACUGCGUCAAUACAGAUGGUAGUUAUGAAUGCCAAUGUCAGAACGGUUACUCAGGAGGUGGAUUUACGUGCGAAGAUAUCAAUGAAUGUGAUACUGGCAGCUCAGAUUGCCAUUUACUGGCUGAAUGUUCCAAUACAAUAGGAUCGUAUACAUGUACCUGCAGGCCAGGUUUCAUGGGAGAUGGUACACAGUGUUCAAAUAUUGACGAAUGUACGACUGACGAGAACGGGUGUGACAUUAAUGCCGACUGUGUCGAUUCCGACGGGGCGUUUGAAUGUCGAUGUCGAAACGGUUAUUCGGGAAAUGGAGAGACGUGUACAGAUAAUAAUGAAUGUACUUCAGGAGAUGAUAAUUGUGAUGAGAAUGCAGAUUGUAUCAACACCGAUGGUUCGUUCGUCUGUCAAUGUCUAACAGGAUUCUCAGGCGAUGGGACUACAUGUGGAGAUAUUAAUGAGUGUACAGGAGAUAAUAAUUGUGAUGAGAAUGCAGAGUGUAUCAACACCGAUGGUUCGUUCGUCUGUCAAUGUCUAACAGGAUUCUCAGGCGAUGGGACUACAUGUGGAGAUAUUAAUGAAUGCACAUCAGGAGCUAAUAAUUGUGAUGAGAAUGCAGAGUGUAUCAACACCGCUGGUUCGUUCGUCUGUCAAUGUCAAACAGGAUUCUCAGGCGAUGGGACUACAUGCAGAGAUAUUAAUGAGUGCACAUCAGGAGGUAAUAAUUGUGAUGAGAAUGCAGAUUGUAUCAACACCGUUGGUUCGUUCGUCUGUCAAUGUCUAACAGGAUUCUCAGGCGAUGGGACUACAUGUGGAGCCUUUGAUAUCUGUGAGACCCUUGGUCCAUGCCCAAGCGUUGCCGAGUGCAUCAACGAGAUCGACAGUUAUACCUGCCAAUGUCGUACCGGCUACGAGACCGUGUCGGCGAGCGACGCAGGCUCGGUCGUGUGCAGUGAUGUCGAUGAAUGCAGUUCGUCGACCACUGCGUGCGACCUCAAUGCCGUGUGCAUCAACACGAUAGGGAGCUACGAGUGCGUGUGCGGUGACGGGUAUGCCGGAGAUGGAAUGUCGUGUGAAGCUGUUGACCCCUGCCUCUCAUCACCCUGUCAGAACGGAGGGGUCUGUACCUCAGGUGACGGAGCAUACCAGUGUGAAUGUCCAUCGACUUUUACCGGUAUCAAUUGCAAUACAGAGGUGGUUCAGAAUGAACCCAUCGAGGUGAUAGGGCAUCCCGCUUCCCAAGAGAUAGAAUACGGCGCCAGUAUCAGUCUGUCGUGUGCAUUCCAGAACGCCGAGAGCUUCACAUGGAAAAAGAAAGACCAAAUCCUCUUGGACAAUGCUGACCGAUCACCACUGGUCAUCUCCCCAGCCUUCCCCCUGGACCAGGGCUACUACUCCUGCAUUGGUUACGGGGCAGAUGGGGAUGAGGAGGAGACGAAUAUAGCCGUGGUUACGAUGACAGGUGUAACAAAUUACAUAGUUACUGCUUCAUUCGACCUAAUAUAUGAAGAUAGUUUGGCGGAUCCCAAUUCAGCUUAUUUCAUCGAAACAGCAGCAAUAAUACAGAAUUUUGUUAAUAUCGGUCUUCAGAACACUGCUGGGUUUUCGUCACCGCCGGAAGCACGUGUUGAUGCGCUGACUGCAGGCAUCGUCGUCGCCGAGAUCAUUGUCUUCGUGACUAACGGAACAGACAACGAACUUCUACAGCUGUCCCUGAUUCAGAAUGCCCUUCUAUCACAAGCCGAGGACUCAGAUGGAUUUAUGGAUCCAGACCUAGUGACUGUGAUGAGUACAACGACAUGCCCUUACCUCACCUGGAUGUCUCCCUAUGGUGCUGAAAACUUUACGACAGGACCCGUCGACUCCGAAGCCUUCUCCACUGGAUUAUGCUCGCCAUAUAAACUUAAUUAUGGCCAGCCUAUCGGCAGAGCUCGGUGUGUAGGAGACGGUCUGUCACCGAGCUACUGGGAUCCUGUAGAUAACUGUGGAAGAAAUCUGACAGCUGAUGAACGUCUGAUUGUACUAGAAGAUACUCCGGUAACGAUAGACAACGUUGCCGACAUCGCUGAAGCCACAUCAGAUCUGACAUCAUCCACCGAGUCAUUGACAUCUGAAGGCGUUGCGUCUGCAUCGAGGUUGCUUCAGGACAUCGCCGAAGCCGGAUCACCAGAGCCAGCGGUCUGUGUCUUUGUGAUUGAGACCGUACAAAACAUUCUGAGUGCUUCUCCAGAUGAACUUGCCGGUGCGCAGACUGAUAGUGGAGCGACAAGCCGUGCCAUCGCCUCUCUAGAGGAUCAGCUUUUCCUUGUAGACGUCACCGCUUCGAAUGGCACAUUCACUAGGGUUGAAGAUAAUUUAGCUGUCCAGAUAAUAGAACUUUCACCCGAUACGCUUCGAUCUGGCCUCUCUGCUUCGUUAACCGUCAGUGAGGGCUCCGACAAACUAGCCUCAGACGCUUUCCAACUGAUUGUUGGAAAGGAAUCUGUGGUCGACGAGGAUGACGAUGACGAACCUGAUGCCCUCAUCGCACUCCCGUCUGAAAUCGGCGACAUCAUAAGUACCGGUGACAAUGUGAGGUGUUCAUUCACUACGUUCGCUGAUCCCGCGUUGUUCCAGUCUCCUAGCCUAGCUGUGAACGAGAACAGCACUGGUUCAUACAGAGCAGCGAACUCGCCGGUAAUCUCAGCCACUGUUGGAGGAUCGGUCAUCAAUGGAUUAACAGAACCCGUUAUCGUUUCAUUCAAACCGCUCAAUAGUAACGCUACAAAUGCAACCUGUGUGUUCUGGGAUUUUGAAGCCAAUAACGGGACUGGUGAUUGGUCAACAGAAGGAUGUAGUCUGAGUAAUACAAGCACCGAUUCCAGACCAGUAUGCCAAUGCGACCAUCUCACUAACUUCGCUGUUCUUAUGGACAUCUACGGUGGUUCUACGUUGUCUGAUAAAGAGGACUACAUCUUGGAGAUUCUCAGCUAUGUCGGUUGUUCCAUGUCUGUUGUUGGACUGGUCAUCACCAUCAUAACGUAUUUGAGUAAUAGAAAAUUUCGCAUGAAGAAUCCCAACCAGAUCCUACUCUGUCUCUGCUUCUCCUUACUCGGUCUCUACGUCACCUUCCUGGCCAUGAUCGCUCUCGACGCCGAGAGUGGCGUGGUCGAGGUCGACGUCGUUCCUUGUAGCAUUGUAGCAGGGUUGUUGCACUUUUUCACGCUGUCGUCGCUGGCUUGGAUGUGCGUCGAGGGUUUCAACAUGUAUCUCAUGUUUGUGCGGGUCGUGGAUAGUUACGUCUCGAAUUUCAUCCUCAAGGCAUCAUUUUGUGCAUGGGGUUUACCUGCAAUCGUAGUGUUCAUUACAGCAGGAGUCACAAGGGAAACAUACGCACAGACAGAUUUCUGUUUCGUGAGUCUCUGGCCCCAGGUGGGUGGUCUCUUGAUACCAAUUGGUCUCAUCCUCCUCUUCAACUUGGUUGUCUUUGUGCUGGUCAUGAAGCGACUCACUAAGACGGUCAGGGGUAAGCAACAGAAUGAGAAGGCCGAGCGACGUCAACGAGUUCGACGAUUCCAAAACGCCGUAUGCAUUCUCCUCCUCAUGGGAUUAACGUGGUCAGUAGGAUACCUGUCGUUGAUCCAAGCAACUAGCGUGGUCGUCCAGGGAAUCUUCACCGUGCUCAACUCCCUUCAGGGUUAUUUCAUCUUCAUGCUCUACUGCGUGCGUCAACCCCAAGUUCGACGCCAAUGGCGGGCCCAAUUCAGCUGCUGCCUCCCCGAGUCUCUGCGGGUCUCUCUUGAUUCUUCGACGUCUCGCUUCUCGUCGACGAUGAAUACCCGUACGACCACGACGUGGAAACCCAACAACCAACCCUCCAAAAAGGGCUUGAACACCAUCUCCAAGUUCAACCCCAAUUCGGUACCGACUUCGACGACGGAAAAAAAUCUAGGGAGUCGGAUGUAUGAUAAUGACAGGUUCUAAGAAGAGUCAUAUACCGCAAGAUUGGCUUCUGGAAGCCAGAAGGGCGUUACUGCUUUCUAACAGCAUAUGACCCAAUAUCCUUCUGGCUCGCAACAGACGAAAUGUCCUUUGUCAGUUCAUUAUUGUCCUAGGAUAUAUCGAUACAUGAACAAAGAAAAAGAAAUACACAAUCCUACGAAUGAAGCUCAACAUAUAUACUUAACAAAUAUAAUUGCAUAUGAAUAUAGAUAUAGAAAUUAACAGACUUCAUUUACACUCUGUAGGCCAGGGUGUUAUUUACAUAUUGGACAGGGAGGGGAGGUUUUAGGUCGGCUGAUUUACAAAUUUGCAUACAACUACAUUGCCCGACAAAGAUUUUGAUUUAAAUGAUGAUGUUGCUCCCCCCCCCCCCAUCCCGCCCCCCCCCCCCCCCAAAAAAAAACACCCACGUCCUCCUGUUCUUAGCUAUGCAUUUUAUUUUCAGUGACUACCUUUCACAAGAGUAGACUAUAUUAAGUAUAAAGAAGGUCAAUAGCUGGAACUGCACAUGUUAUGUGAUUUCCUUUUAGCCUGAGCUCUUUCUGUGCCAUACAUUGUCAGUGGCAUCAUUGAGAGAAAGUCGUAGGUUCAGGAAUAUGUUAUAACUGUCACAUAUAAAUACGCAUAUGUUAUCACGUUCUUGAUUUCAUUCAAGUUUCGACUGUAAUGUUUAAUUUUUAAUGUGUGAGGUGAUUUGACGAUAAUGUUUGUCAGUAUAAACCAUCUCAGCAAGUCUUUCUACUUUUGUAGACUUUCUACUUUCUACUUUCUCUCCCCCUCUUUUAAUCUAUCUCUUAUUCCUUUUUCUAUUUUUCUAUCAAUAAAAUUGUCAUCUUUACCAGUUCAAUUUUGUUUAAACUCUAAAAGGACAUGUAACACAUUAAACGAAGUGGAGUAUUUGUGUAAAAUGUUCUGUACAGAUCUUAUGCUGUGUAUGAAAAAAUGCAAAGAUUCAUUAAAAAUCUGCACCUCUACUCGUUAGAGACGAUAACGUUUUUAUUUAACCUUUAUCUUCAAAAAUAUGGAUUUCAUUCAGUUUAUAAUUUUAUCUUAGUAUUCAACGGGUUGAUUAAAUUUUGAAAUGGUGCUAAUGUUUGUUUGCAUUAUUUCAGGUACUAUUUCACGGACUAUUUAAUUUGUUGAUGGUAAGUGUUAUUUCGGACAAAGCAGUGGUUUUAUUGCACAUUUUUUAGACCUUUUUGACUUGGGUUUCAAAUUGGCGUACGUGACAAUUCUGUUUUAUGAAUACAUUUAAAACAUGCUUAGAGUUUAACUCUAACAGUUAACAUUACACCUGAUAAAUGUUCAAUAAAAAUGAAGUAUUGUAACGUAUCGUUUUAUUACAGCAUUAUACACUUAUACAGAAUAUUAAUAAUCAUCAAUUACGGACAUUAUUCGAUUUCGCAAUUUGUAUUAUAAUUUUAUUUACUUUCCGAUUAAUUUAUAGGCAAUCAUUAUACAUUUUUAAUUAAACCACGAAUGUAUUUUAGGUCCUCAUAGUUAUCAUCUCGCGAAGAUAUCUACAGGCCAAUGACAAGUAUAUUUUCAUUAUUUGAAAGAAAUUUAGACAAUCAGUUUAUGUUUAUCGAUGCUAUAUGACAACAAUUGCAACAUUUUGAUAAUUGUUCAUUAUUCAAGGAUGUAGCUGUUACUCUUCCUGCUCUUCAAUAUAACUUUAUUUCUUGAUUAAAGGCAUGCAGGGUAUUCUACUGACACUACUUCAUAUUAACCUAUAAUGCCAUCUGCUAUUCAUAAUGUCCCUAUGUGUCGACAGCCAUGUCCCACAAUGCAUCACCAACUGCAUGGUGCGCGCGUGAUGAUGAUUUUAUACAUUUUUUUUAUUUCGGAAAUCGCUCUAUGUACGGGGAAGCGAUGACGGUAAAAUACCCUGCCAUUAAAAAUUACCCCGCAGAAAAAUUUGAUGAUGAUUAAGUUAAAUAAGCGGCACAUUUCUUACGCAUUAAUGUUUGUAUGUUUUAAUUUAGUAAGUAUCGACAAUAUAUGUUGAAUAUGCAAUGUAGAACUGUUAUAUAUCAUACCACUCUGUCAAACCAGCUUUCAACUUGAAAAAUAUUGAUCAGUAGUGAUAAUUAUUACAUUUGAAAUGAAAAUAUGAUAAUUGAUAAUACAUUUUUAAUUUAAAAUGAUACUUGGUAUCUUAAAUAGGCAAUAGAAUGUUAAUUUAUUGAAAAUAAAAUAGAACUAUAUUAUAAACAAAA